AUGGACAUGGAGAGAGCGUACUCGGUGACCAUCAGGCUGCCCUUUAUGGAGCGGAGCUUUAGGUUCAGCAAGCCAGCGCGAGGCGAGCGGGACAAGCAGACGUUGCUGGUGUAUGCCUUUCUGCGAUGGCACAUGCUGGCCACGGUUUGCUUGCUGGUGGCCUCGGUCUCGCUCCUCGCGCCUCGGGCGCAAGCACACGAGUCGAACGCCGGAAAGCUGCUCGAGCUGGAUGCACUGGCGGUGCAGAACGCCAUGCACGCGAUCUACAUCAUUGGCUAUGCAGCGCUCUUCUACCAGUCGCGGCUGCUCAAGUACUGGUACUUUCUGGCGCUGGCAGAUGGCCUUGUUCUGGUGGCGGUGAUCAAGCGACUCGCGUUGCUGGCCGUCGCGCGCGCCUGGGAUUCGGAUGAGGGUGCGGCCACCACUCUGGUGGCUCUUGCGUAUGCCGCCACUUAUUUGGCGUGCGUCUCGUCGGCACUCCGCGCGCACAAUGUGCUCAAGCGGAGCAUCGAAGCCGAGCCGACGCAUGCGCGCGCUUUGUCCAGCUCGGACGAUCCGAGCGGCGACCUGCUGCCGGGCCUCCCAGUGGGCUCGAGCGAGGGCGAGAGCGAGAGCGAGCAGCAAGCGAGCGACGACGAAGUGGCGCUGUUGUUGUCUGACACGAGUGCGGAGCCAAGCUCACCUCUGCUCUCAUCUCCGCCGAUUCUCUCGCCUUGCCAGCUGAGCUCAAGUGGCAGCUGCGAGACGGCAGACGUUGGAGCGACAUCGACGGCGGCUGCUGCAGCGGCGGCGAGUCGGGUGGGAACGGCGCGGGCGCCUGUACUGGUGGCGCCGGAGGAGUUUGGCGUGAUUGGAGUGGCCGCCGAGGAUGCGCAUGUUCAAGCGCUGCAGCCGUCGUGGGCGCUGAUGGCAAGCUCGCGCAUUGCACGGCAGUGUCUCUAUGCCGAGCUCUGCGUCUCGAUUGCCAUGCAAGGAGGAAGCGUGGUGGCGGCGUGGGCGGAUCCGCAACCACAGGCUGCGGCCUCGAUGGCGCACUUUGUGGAAGACUACACCGGCGGAAUCCACCGGGCGUUGGUUUUGACCAUGGCCAUGUACGGGGCGCGGUACCUGCGGACCGAGCCGGCGCUCAUGUACAUGAUGGCCAACGUCGUGCUUGCGCCGUCACUGGUGUUCCGGGCUCUCUCGUUCCUGGCUCAGUCAUGGCAGCUCUCUGCUGCUGGGCUGGCCGGCCUUGCACUCUUUGGCGCGCUGGUCGGGGCCAAGCUGAGCGUAGUGUGGUCGCUGUUUGCGCUGCGGCGACGGCUGCUCCGGCACCCUGCCCCAUCGGGCGAGCGGCUGUCUGGCGAGAUCUGGGGCGGCUCGCACCUCCAUCCGCCGGGCACGUCGCUGCUGACGCUGGGUCGGGAGUCGGGUGCGCAUCUGACGGCCGGCGGUGCUGUGGUGGUCGGCGGGGUGCUGUGGCUUGGUCACUGCCUGGCGCUGGUGAGCUUGCGCGGUGGUCUUGUCGGCCUUGUGCUUGCGGCCAACUUUGCGGCGCAUGGCUUUGGUUGGUACGGAUGGAGCAUGUACCAUGCGCCGCGGGUGCACCACGCUGUGCACUUUGUGUGGCGCAAGCGGUUUUACUCGACGCUUGCGCUCACGCUCUGCGUGCUCUCGGUUCUGCCGUUGGCUGGCUGGCUGCUGGCGGGCGCGCCGCGGAGCGGACUUGAACUCGCUAGCUACUGGUUGGUGCGGUCGGGAGCGUUUGCCGUCGCGGGCCUCGCACUGGCGGUGAUGCGCAACGUGAGCGCCGGGCCGGCAGCCGAGCCGCUUGUGAACGACGACAGGCCGAGAUCACUGGCGUUGGACGCGCUGGAUAUGCGGCAGCGUGCUUGGUAUGGCGCGAGCUCGUCUGCGGCGGCAGGCUUCCUGGGAGUCUUUGUAGUUGUGGUCAUGUGCGCGUCCGGGGCGCUGGGCUGGUUGGAGGGCGGAUGGUUGUCGACACUGGCCGAGGCCGAGCAGCACUCGGGUGCGUACGACCUGGCGUAUCAUUUUUGUCUCCUUGUGGGCGGCUUUGGAGUCCGCGGCGUGCUCUAUUCGCACGAUAUGUCUCUGUAUGGGACGGUGCUCGGCGGGUUGUGGGCGGCUGCGAUUGCAGGAUGGGGCUGUGGAGCCGGCCAGCUCGCAGCCGGGGCGCGGGUGUGUGUGGGAGGCAUCGGACUGGCGGGGCUGGCGAUGGCGGUGAGCCAUGGGGUGCUGCAGCAGCGGGUGAGGCGCGCCGGGCGUGGCGUGGAGGGCGCGAGUGUGUGGUAGUGUUUGUUUCAGUCUUCGGACGCGCCGUCGGGGGCGGAGAACCCGUACUCGGCCUUGUUGUGCAUGAUGAGCUCACCGUUGACGAAAUAAAACGAGUCGCUCUUGG